UGGCAACAGUGAUUAGUUGUCAACAAAUAUGUCUGACAAGUAAAAGACGUCAACAACCACAGUCACUCCUAAGGAAAACGGCCGUCGUUCUUUUUUCCGAUGAUGAUUAAUCCACUGACGGUGUCGGGAGAACACUUUUGGAGUGUUGCUUAGAGAAUCAGCUGAGAAAAUAAGUUAACAAUGGAUGAAAUCACCUACACGGAUAACGAAACGAAAUAUUAUGGAGAUUUGUUUACACAUUUAGACAGCGAAGCCUCUGGUGUUAUUCCCCUGAAUCAAUUUCAUGAGUUUCUUAGGGCGUCGAAGUUAUCUCCUGAAGUGUUAUCACAGAUUGGUCAGUUGAGUGGAGGAAUUGAUCAAGGAUGGUACGGGAGGCGUGAAGUUUUUAUAGCCCUUAAGUUAGUUGCAGCAGCCCAACGGGGUCUUCCUGUUCGAGCUGAAUCUCUCUCUCUUGGUGUUGACUUACCUCUUCCAAGACUUCAUACCAAUAAUAAUACACACUAUGAAAACAGUUUAACUUUCACUUCCAAGGAAUAUGCAUCGAGUCCAGACCUUAUCCAGCUCAGCGAUUCUGAUUGCAACACAUCUCACAUGGUUGAUGGUGGAUAUCGCAUGAUGGAGAGUGAAGAUGUUGAUGGGGCAGAUGAGAGGAUGAGUGACCCGUCGGCAAGAAUGCUGGCCCGCUCCCCUUCUGUAUCGUCACCUGCAUCUGAUUCUCCAACCCCAACUAAUAGUGUUCAUGAAAAGAGCUGGAGUCAAGCUCACACUCACUGGCAUGGUCUAAUUAAUGAUGAACACAGACAACUGUUGGGAACAGAGGAAGACUCCUCUGACCAUCAGUCAUCUGACGAGGAGGAAUAUGAUGUGUGGACCAUAACCGAAGAACAAAGGAAUUACUACACUGAACAGUUUCGGUCUAUGCAAGGAGAUCUGACUGCAUUGCUCUCUGGAAAUGAUGCCAAAGAAUUUUUUGAAAAGUCAAAAUUGCCAGUUCAUGAACUGAGUAAAAUCUGGCAACUUGCAGAUGUUACUAGGGAUGGAGCAUUAUCAUUAGAAGAGUUUUUCACUGCCAUGCAUCUCGUAGUCCUAAGAAGAAAUCACAUAGAAUUGCCAGAAACCCUUCCACCAUCACUUAAUCCUCUAAUGCAGAGAAGUGGAAGUAGUGGAGGUGAAGCAGGGAAUUGCAUUGCAUCCGGGAACUCCUCAGAUGUUGCAAGUGCAUCUGCUGCACCAGACAAUGAAACUGCAGCAAGAACAACUCCAGAUCCCCUUUCACCUUCAAGAAGUAAAGAAGCCACAGCUUGGACGAAGUUUGUUGAUUCCCCUACUAGUACAUCACCUGGACUGAAGCCAGUCAAUUUUGAUUUUCAAAAGUCGGCUGUGGAACAGGAUCCAAAGAUUCUUCACCCCAAAGCACUUCGCUUGACUCCAGAAUCUAAAAGGUUAGAUGUACCUGAUGUGGAGGGUCCUGCAUCUUUUAGCCCCGAUAAUACUGGAACUCCCAAUAACCUUUCUGCUGCAGCGGCGAGUUCAAAUGAUCUUCCACAGACAGCACCUUCUACGACCUCUCCUCCCUUACAACCGAGUCCUAAAAAGACACCUGAAAGUCAAGACAUCAAGUCUAUACAACGGCCUCUGCCUAGAAAACCAGCGGGUUCUGGAGCUGGAGGUCUACCACCACCACCUCAGGCUUCUGGAGGAACCCCUCCUGAUGAUAAUGGGAUGUAUGGCCCAACAAGUUUACCAAUGAUGCCUAGUGCACCAUUACCCGGAGGAAAGAAGGAACCUCCACCUCCACCACCACCAAGGCCAGCAAGAACUCACAUACGGUCGUCUUCACUUGAUCUCAACAAAUUUAACCGAAACACUUUCCUAGGUGCACCUCCUGCAGUUCCACCCAGGGCAUCACCUGGAGCUAGUUCACCAAAGAAACUGAUUUAUCAGAAGAGUGAUGGUGACAUGGCAAGCACUGAAGAAAGCCAAGGAGACGGUUCCCGUACUUUUGAAUCUCGGCCUGGUGUGGAGCACACCAGAACAUCUGCUUUUGAAGUAUACAAAAAACCUAAUCCAGAGGUUGGGUCUGCAUUUGAACGCGUAUCAGCUCAAAGACGAGAAGAUGAAGAAAGAGUUAGACAUUUAUCAACUGGGGCAAGACCCAAAGAUAAGAGAGAAAUUCAAGCCUCCAUAAGGGCUACAGCAGACAAGAAUACAAGAUUAACAAGACUGAAUUCUGAGCUAAAUCAAGAAUUAGCAGAGAAGUCAUCAUCAACAUAAAUGCUCUUAUGUUGGCGUAUCCUUUUAUGAGGUUAGACAUUUAAAAUGAGUUCUCUACACUCUUCUUGGUUUUGUGCUCAUUGUUCCUGAACUCUCAUCAGAUCUAGGCCAUCAUCUGUCCCCCAACUCCAUGAAUUCAAGGUGUUUCUGCAGGUCUUUGUGUUACUACUUUCAUAUGUACUGCUUUGCUGACUAACUGUUCAUUGUCCUAUCUCAUCACAUGUCCAAUUUCUGGAUCGUUAAGGUUUCAGUCAUUUUUGUCUCUGGAUACCAAAUCUCUCCAUGAAUUCAUCAUUCAUAAUAUGAUCAUCUCAUUAUAUACCACCCAUCAUUGGAAUUUGUUCUCUAGUAAUAGUAUAUUUUUAUUUACCUGUAAUUCAGCUCUCUCUCCAUGUCACCUUUGCUGCUCUCUCAAUUCCUUUUCACUGUCCAUCUUUCUGUAGCCACUAUGCAACCUGAAACCUUCUAUAAAAAUGUAAUGCACUAUAUUUAUUUAUUAAUGCAAUGAUAUUUAUCUUUUUUACUUGAAAGAUAUCUUGUCAGAACUUGUAAUAAAAUAAUGAUAAAUAACCCGAGAGAGAAAGUAAAGGGAGGGAUAGACAGAACAUUUCCAUUUACAAAUAUUUAAGUGAGGAGCAAAUUCAGUCAUGCUCUCUGCUGACAUCUGCAUUUCAUUUGUUUUGGUUUUAUUUUUUAUUCCAUCAUAUUUAUUUAUUUAUAACCUUUUGACGUAAGUCUUUCUCUGCAGGCUGAUUUCCCUUUGGAG